AAUUGCAUGUAAUGAUGUAUUUCCGUAUCAAACAAUAUUUAGAAUCCGAUGCCUAGAAUUGGAGAAAAGUGGUAUUCUACGUAUUGCAAGAAAUGAUCUAGACUAAGGAAAGCCUACCUUGUUGUCUCUGACAAGAAGACUCCCUCAAAAAAUCAAACAAAAAGGGAAGAUUUGCUGCUCACAACAGAUAUCUGACACCCCCCAAGGACACAGGGGUGUUAGAAUCUGGUCUAGAGAAUCAAACAAGUUAUCCCCCAAAAAGAUUCCUCUCCGGAUCUUCUUCUUCGAUGAAUCCUAGAAUGCGAAGCUAUUGUUAACUCUUCCUUAUUUCCCUCAGAAGAACAAUAUCAAUCAAUCAAAGGAAAAAAGAAAGGUUUUUUACAGGUGACAUAUGGAUAACUUUCCAACAGUUUCGUGUGGGUGGAGCUGGGAGGAGAACAAGUUGUUUGAGCUAGCUCUAGCGGUGGUUGAUGAGCAACACCCAGAUCGUUGGGAAGUGGUUGCAGCCAUGGUUGGAGGGCGAAAAAGUGCGGAAGAUGUGAAAAAACAUUAUGUGAUACUUUUGGAGGAUUUGCAGUUUAUUGAGUCCGGUAAACUGGACCAUAAACUUGGCGAAUCUCAGCCUUCUAUUCAAGUCGACUGUACUCAAUCUGUAUGCUGGACUGAUGAAGAUAACAACUUGCUGGUUCGAUUGGACAUAAAUUGAUCCUCAGAGCUAUUGCUGGUUUAUUCAGAUUGGUUACCGGUGGGUUUGCCACAACUCACGUCCAACAAAAAUGCAGGGCAUAUCAACAAGGCUGGUUGUUGUAUUAUUUGUAUCAAUUCUAAUGCUAUAUCCGUUGUUCCUAGAUGUAAUCAAUCUCUUCAUUGUAAAACAGAAAUUAUCAGGAAGAUUUUAACUCUUCAAUUUGCAGAUAGUAGAUAUGGGUCUUGGGGCCUUGUUUAUUGGAAGUUGACAAUGUUAGACUUCUUUUUCUUGUCUCUUUAAUGAUUGUGAUACUAACCUUAAAAGCACUCAAGAUUUUCAAAUCAAGAAACUUAGAACCAUCUCCCGAAGAUUUGAAGUCUCUAUCUGGGCACAAUGUCAGCAACGUCCGAGAUCUGACUUUCUGGGCGAACUCUUAAGUUUCAACCACUCAUUUUCAUUGCUUAAUAUGAAUAUGAUUCUGCUCUU